AUGCUCCCAAGGAAGCUGGAUGGUCGUACAUCUGAGAAAGGAGAAUGGACGCAGGUCAGGGGAAGGAAGAACAACCACAACUCAAGGAAGGUGAUAUCAUCCUAUUAUGUCACAAACAUUCCUGAUGGAACAAGCAGAUUCAUCUUAAAAGAAGUUUUCAAACCUUUUGGAAGAAUCUCAGAUGUCUAUAUCCCCGGUAGAAAAGACAAAGGAGGUACAUUUUUUGGAUUCGUAAAAUUUGAAGGUGUUUUGGAUGAAGUCAAACUGGAAAAAUCCAUGCAAAGGGUGAAAUGUGGGCAAUGUAUUCUCAAAGUUAGUAUCUCAAAAUACCAGAAGCAAGACAAAAAGAAGAUAUUUACAUCAAAUGACAGAUUCGGUGAUCCCCCGACUUAUCCUCCUCCCACUCAUCCCUCUAGCCGGCAACCGCAAAAUGUUCGGGGUGCUAGUCGAGACGGAAGAACAUUUUCCGAAGCAGUAAGCGCUCCUCUGAGAUCUGGUCUCCAACCACCCUCCACUGUCGCCCUUAAGCAUGUUCUGGCCAUGGUGGGUUGGAACGACUGUGCUUUGGUCGGGGAAGUGACAAGUCUCCAUCUUCUCACGGAACUCCCUAAACUAGUUGAGGCGGAAUGCAGUUUCUCAAAAAAAUUAUUUUACGCAGGUGGAAUGCGGAUAGUUCUUCGUUUCGAUUUACCAAAAGAAGCAGAAAAUUUCUUGCGGGAAGAACACACUUGGAAUCGAUGGUUCAAAUGGUUGAGAUUGGGUGUGUUUGAUGAGCCAAAUAUAGAAAGAAUUGCAUGGGUGAAAAUCACCGGUGUUCCGAUCUCUCUUCGUGCUGAAGAAAAUUAUACAAUUAUUGCUAACAUCUUUGGGAAUACCAUACAAGCUGAUGGACAAAACUGGCAAAAUCUUGAUUUAUCAUACGGAACAGCCUGCAUCCUUACCUCCUCCUUAACAAGAAUUAACAGCCACACCAUCGGCACAUUUAAUAACAAGUCAUACAAUGUGGGUAUUGUGGAAUAUGAUUACAAUUGGCACCCCUUUUUUCACAAUACUGCAACCCCACAAGAUGAAAGUGAUAUGGAAGAAGAUGAAGAGAUGAACGAACAAUCAAACCAUGAAGAAGAAGAUGAUUUCUCAAACAAUGACUCAGAGGAAGAAGGUAUAUCAGACACAUGGGAUAACCAAGACACAGAGGAACUGGAGGAGGGAGAAAUUAAUCAACAUGAGGCGCCGGAAGAUUUGAAUCUGAUCGGUAAAGAGUUCGUCGACGGGGGUGACGCGGUGGUGACAAAGUUAGGCACGACAUGCAUUGGGAUCUCGAAGACAACAUUGAAUGUUGGAGAUGCUUCGACUCCCAGUGUUCAAAUAUUCAAUCAUGAGGUGGGAAAUACCGAUGUAAUCGGCGGUGACACAUACCUACACAUCUCGAACAUGGUGGGUACAACUGGGCUACCUUCUCCUAAUUUUGGCACGACCCAUUUAAAGUCACUUGGACCCCAUAUAAUUAAACCCGAUUCAAAUGUUGUAUCCACUCCAUCGAAUAAAAACCCAAACCAUAUAGAUCCUAUACCAGAUUUUGAAAUGGGUGAUUCAAUUGGAAAGAGAAGAAAGGUGGACCGAUCUUUUGCCUCAUUAAUCACUCCACACAGAAUCUUCGAUCCCCCUCUCGGUGACUCCUCCCAACCGAUCGGCGACACAAUCCCAAUUCAGUGCCCUUCAAAAUCUACACUCUUUUCUCUUGAUUUGAAUAAACCUAUAUCUAUUUCAGAUUCUUCUAUCUGUAGCAUCUCCACUGAAGUUCGUUCCUCUAAUAACGAAAUUGAUAGCACCAUCAGAAUUGGGAAUGAAGUGGGAACAAAAUUGAUGUCCAACCUUUAA